GUCACACCCCUUCCUUCCUUCUCUGCAAACCCCAAUUAAUCACUCUCUUAAUUCCGUUUUAUCAUUAAACUAAUCUCAUUCAAAUCUCCAAUAUUAACUUCCUCAAAACCCCUAUCACGCUUCUCAGAUCUCUCUCUCUCUCUCUAGCUUUCUCUCUCUACAAAUGGCUUCACUUCUUCAUUCUCUCCCUGCAACUCUCUUCUUCGCUUUCCUCCUCAUCGCAAACCCUACCUUCGCCGCAGAUUCGCCUUCGCCUUCACCUUCUUCGCCGCCGGACUCCAACUCCCCGCCGCCGCCUCCGGCGAUUCCAUCGCCUUCCCCUGCACUCGACAAUUCUCCACCGGCGCCUCCAAUGUCAGAUCCCGAUCCAGACACGCCUUCUCCUUCUCCUUCUCCUUCUCCGCCUCCUUCGUCCGACCCCAAAAAAUCUCCAUCUCCGGCGCCGGUUGUGCCUGGAGGCGUCACGCGCAACGAUAAGCCCAAUGCCGGCGAUUUGGACACCAAGGAUGACUCCGACGACGGCGGCAUGAGCGGCGGGAAAAAGGCCGGCAUCGCAUUCGGAGUCAUCGGCGCGGCGUGCCUCGCAGGACUCGGCGUGCUGGUGUACAAGAAGAGGCAGCUGAACAUCCGCCGCUCGCAGUACGGCAACGCCGCCAGGAGAGAGUUUCUGUAGAAGCAAAAUCAGCAUUUUCAGUAGUAUUACACUAUCACAAUUUACACACAGAGUGGUUGAUUUUUUUGUUAUUCCGGUUACGAAUUCAUCUUAGAUUCAAUUGCCAGAUUUGAUGGAGGUGAGUUGAUUUUUGGUUUUGAUUCUUUCACUGGUGCUCUCAGUCAAAUAAGCGUGUUGUUUGUUUCGCUUCAUUAAAUUCAUCACUGUACAACACAUAAUUCAUCAUACAUUCAUACAUUUAAUUUGUUCUAAAAACUUUGUU